ACCCUAGUUUUUCUCUUCGUUGCUUAAAAAUUUUCUUCGAUCUGAAAAUUUUACGAAGAAGAAAAACUCAGGCACGAUGAAUUCAAAGAUGAUGGCUGCAAUCUCAGUUAUGAUGUGUUUGUUGUCCAUUUCUGCUACUUUUGCAAGUAGUGAUUCUCCUUUCAUCGUUGCAAACAAGAAAGUUAGUCUCAAUAGGCUCAAAUCUGGAAUUGAACGUGUUUCUGUCUCCAUCGAUAUCUAUAAUCAAGGAUCCGCGACUGCUUAUGAUGUAAGUCUUACCGAUGGCGAGUGGUCACCAUCAAUCUUCAACUUAGUCAGCGGGAACACUUCCAAGUCAUGGGAAAAGCUCGAUGUUGGUUCUGUUGUUUCUCACUCUUUUGUUCUGGAGUCCAAUGUGAAAGGCGCAUACCAUGCCUCCCCUGCUGUCAUAAAAUUCAGAACUCCUACGAAGGCAUCUCUACAGGAGGCGUUCUCAUCCCCCAUCCUGCCUUUGGAAAUUCUUGCUGAUAGACCUCCAGAGAAGAAGUUUGAAUGGGCAAAGAGAUUAUUGGCAAAAUACGGAUCACUUGUUUCUGUCCUCACCAUUGUGGUCUCAUUCAUAUACCUGGUUGCCUCGCCAUCAAAAUCCAGCGGUGGAAAGGCGGGCAAGAAAAGACGUUAAUUGUUAAAAGCUACGGUCGAGGCUUUCUCUUCUUUGAGGCAAAAUGUUCAGUGACUGAAAAAAAAUGUGUUUCAAAUUAUAUCAGGGGAUAGCUUUCAGUUUCUAAACUCUAACGUUAGGUGUUAGAUGAGGAGUUUGAUUAAUAUUUGUCUCCGGCUUUUGCAUACUUAUCUUCUGUUUUGGAAUAGAAAACAUAAUAUAGGCCUGCAGCAGAUUCAAGUUGCCUUACAAUGUCAAGCAGUUACAGUUUAAGGACAUAGAUGACACUUUAAAUUCCGUUCAAUUAACUUGUCUCGCUACUUGUUUUUUCAAUGAAUUUUGCAGGUUUUUUUCAUCAUUUACUAGCUAAGUUUGCACUAUAAUAACCAUCAGUUUUUAUAUUUCAGUUCCCCGGGGUUGUACAUUUUACUUUGAUGUACUAAACCAUACUGGUUUUUUGUUA